CAAACCCCCGUUGUAUCGCACCGCGCGACAGUCCGCGCAAUCAUUUUCUACCUUGAUCAAGGGUUCUAUCUGGGGUGCGCAUACAUUACCAACGCGCCUGAAAUACUCAAUUUUACUCAAUCCCUCUUCUCCGCAUAACUGCGAUUCUUGAGCGCCCCGCGCUUCCUUGUCCGUCGCGAAAAGCCAUCGCAACAAGUGAUGAGCAGCUGUUCGCACAUACCUCCGGACGCUUACACAAGGAUGCCUCUCUAACCUCAUUACCCGUCGAGAACCAACAAUUUGCCCAGCGAAUUCUCAAGGGCCAAUUCUCCAGGCCGCAACAACCUCUCGCCCUUCGUCGAAGCGUCAUAAUGAUGGCCAAUAACACCGAGUCAGUCUACGAUUUCGGCUUUGCUCCGAAAAAGAAGGUCGCCGCUACAUAUGGGAGAGCGGCACGGAGGAGAACAGAGACGGCAAUACGGCCGGCGACCCUCAGACACGCCGAAUCAGCGCCGGUCGUCCCUUCAAGCUUCGCCCACUCGCAAGCUGGUUCGCCUGAGCCCCCUCGUUUGUCAACACGCGCCAUCUCUUCCGUCAAGGCUAGGCGACAGGACUCACAUAAGCUGGACACUGGGUCGCGUCAACCACAGCCUGGCGAGGCGCAAAGCCAGCCGCUCCCUGAUCCUUACGACAUCGACUCGUUGUUGAGCGAGACCACGGGGACAAAGAGGAGGAGGGCUGGACAGGGCUCAUCCGCUAAGGGAAGGGCUUCCGGUCCUUACUCUACACCAGACUCGUCGCCGCCUGUCGCUCGGUCGCCCCUUCCAUCGAGUGAGGAGGAGAUACCAAGAUCGGCACCAGACGCGAGCCCAUCUAUCACGUCACAACGGAGUACGCCCGAACGGGACGCGGGCAUGAAGGAUGAUGUUCCCACAUCUAUGCCCUUCUCAGCAAAGACGUCUCGGAGGCUGAAAAAUCUCAGUGUCUCCUCCAAAAGUCCAGGAUUCAAGAAGCAGCAGAUUCCCAUCCGUCUUUCCGCGCCACCUCCCAAGCCAGCUCCUAAAAGCCCCACACGACUGGCGACCACGGCCACUGCUGUUGAAGAACAGGCACCAAUUGGCCAACCAACUCGAAAGCGGCGGCGUCUGAUAGAUGCUUUGGCAGAGCAGGUUCAGGAGGAAACCAGUUCGUCCGAGGAUGAGGCAUCGUCCCGGGAUUCAGAAUUCGCCAAUGCCCGGUCCCCAUUAGCAGUUCAAGCCUCCCCCACCCCUGUUUCGACAGUGUUAUCCCACCCUACAACAACCGCCCGACCGGUCCUGGCCACCAAGAAAACCGGCCCAAAGUUCACCUACAGCCAGCAACGAUCAAUGCUAGCUGAUGAUCAUGACCCUCUCCUCGGAGCCGGGGGGCUUGGCGACCUCGGCGACGGGCCGGCAGGAGGCGCGCUAUUCAACCUCGGACGUCUCACCAAGAGUUCCACCGUGAACACAAUAUCGUACCUCGAUGAGGAUGACGAGACAGGCAACACCGGGGCCGUCCGGAGCAUUCACGAGUUAAGGCAGGCUGGCGCAAAUAGCCGCUUUGCAGACGAGAUGGAUGACAUCCUCGACAGGGCAGGCUUACCAUCGUCGGCUAAGCCUUCCUCUCUGCGGAGAGGCGCGCUGCUCGAGGUUGCUCAGAAGCUCAAAGACAAGGAUUUCCGGCAGCAGUUCCGCAACCACAGUGAUGGGGGAAACCUGUUCAGGUCGCUCGCAGAUGAGAACGAUCUGAUCUCUGGAUACGCAAUUUUGGCCAUAGUCACGACCCUUCUUGCUGCUACCACGUCUGCGCAUCUAAUCCAGCAGCUUCGCUCGCAAGGUCUCGCCGCGCUCGUUAGCAAGCUUCUCGACUUGCCCACCGACAUCGCGCUGCUCGCAAAGGAUAGGAAGCACAACGUCUCCAAGAACGGCCAACUUAGCAUUGCGACCAUCAAAUCCUCACUUCUCGAGCUUCCCGUGUGGAAGCCGUUCUCUCCGACCUCGCUUUCGCCACGCACAUUGGCCCUGAAAUGCCUAGAUCUGCUCAUGCGGCAGCCCUCUCACGCAUCUGCUGAAGACGAGGUGCUCUCACAAGCAGUGACGGACCGCUUGUUCUCGAUCCUAGCCGAGGGCGUUUCCGAUGCGGCCUGCUGGGACUUGCCCAACCAGAACGAGUCGUGCGACUUCUACCUCGCUCUCCAUGUGCUGGAAGGCCAUUCGGUCAGCGCGAUGCAGUCGCGGCUCAGCUCGCUCUGGACCGGGCAUUAUGCGCCGAUCGUUGCCGAGGUAUUGGAGGCGGCCUUGCAACGCCCGACCGACCAACUUGGUGACCUCGAGAGCCUCACCCUACGGAUAUCGCUGAACAUCACGAACCACAACGGGGAGGCUUCGCGGAUGUUUGUCGAGAAGGGGCUGCUCCGGCGUCUCGCAGAGUCGGCCAGCAGCGCAUUCGAAAUGGUCUUGAGUUCCAUGAGAGUCGACUCCUUCAUGUCUAAGGUACUCGAAUCUCUUAUCAUGAUGUUGGGAGCCAUGAUCAACUUUUGUGUGUAUUAUCCGCCUGCAUCUCGAAAUCUGGAAGAGCAAGGCGAUGGCACGGGAUCGCCUCUCAAUCGGCUCAUCCGGCAUUUUGCAGACAACCACACGAAAACUGGUGAUGCCGACUCGAUGGAAAAGACUCAGCUCAACGUUGCCCUGGGCUACCUGUCGGUCCUUCUGGGGUAUCUCUCUCUGAGCGACUCGAUCAGAGACAGAUUUAUUCUUGUCCACCCGAAGAAGAGCAUUCAGCCGCUGCUCGAUUCGAUCAACGAGUUCAUUGCCUUUCACCGCCAAGUUGCGGAGGCGCAAGGCAGCGACGGAGACAAACAAGAGUCCGGUUCGUUGGCUCGUCUCCAAGAUCUAGCCGAUCAGCUGGCGGUGCUGCGUUGACAUGGUCUCGGGCAAACUCUCUCCACAUGUCUCAUGGUUUUACGGCGUUUCCGGACACGACAGUAACCUUCUGACACGGCUUUGCAUACGGGAUAUAUGGUCUGGGGCUAAAUGGUGGUCACGGUUUGGUAUUGCAAUGGCGGCUGAUGAAUGGACUGAUGAAUGGGGGGGGGGGGUUCACGACAUUGAGACGACACCGACGAUGGAAUGAUUUGGUAUACGGCAGAUACGUAGACGGUAACGGCCGGUUCCCGCAACUCCUCUCGCACGGGGAAUGCAAAUCAAAUCUGACAUGCC